AAUAUAGUAGGCUAGGCUCUUGAAAUGUCAGUCAUUCGUUACGGUUUGAAGUGCCCUCGCGUAUAGAACCGAAAAGGCCAAAGAGGGUGAGCAAAUUUGAACGAAAAUGUCCGCUCCGGAGUUAGCGUGGCAAGUGGUCCGGGAUAUUGGUGUGCACCAGCUCCGGCACGGCAAUGUGGGCGGUGCUAUCGACAGCUUCACCGAAGCAUCGCCGAGAGUGUCUGAAGACGAUGAGUCGAUGGUGGUGUUGAAGACCCGGGCACAGUUGAAGUAUUGCGAGGCUCUCCCGGCACUGGAAACCAUUCGUAAUGCUCGAAAAUAUCCGGGAAAUUUGUUGCACUGCCGGGCGCUGUACGAAACGGGCGAUCUGGAGGGGCAUCUGCUUGCGUCGGCUAACGGACGACGCCACCAGCAUCCGGCCGGCGGUCAUCGUCAGCAGGACUUUACCGAUGAGGUAGACCUCGGUCUAUCCACAUUCGAUUGUACGCUGGGCGACCGGGCCGGUGCCUCGCUGCUCGAGUAUCAGCAUCAGUUUCCAGCGAUAGUGGCAGAGCAGCGGGAGCUCCGCCAGCGGUCGGCUGAUCGUCCCCGUUGGAAGAUUCUUGCCGAGGCGGGUGAGUGCGAUGUGAUCAGUUUGCUGGAAACGGUGCGCAAGGAGCCACCGUUGCGGGAGCAAGUGCGACGGCAGAAAAACAAGCAAAUUCUUGGCCAAAUUCAUCUCGGCCGUGGAUGGGAGGAUUUGAUGUUUAUUGAAGAGUUGCUGCCAUCGGGCCGACACGGGCCAGUUGUCCAGUUACCACAAACGCGACAAAGCUCCCGUGCGAUGGCUCAGCUGGUGGAUGAAUGCUACACGAAAGUAUCGGGCCGGAUUCGGCUUUCGCAGGCCUGUUUUCCAAUGUACAGCCAGCGGCACGGUCGCUUUGGACCGCAGAUGAACCAUCGGCGGGAGUUGCAUGAAAUCGAUGAACUGCUCAAGUUCCGAUACCGUGCGUACCGUGCAGUGUACAACCAAUUCGAUCGCAUGUACGAGCUACGCGAGCAAGGCAAGACAAAGGAGCUACUGCGGUACGGCGGAGAUGUGUUGGACGGUUUCUACAAGACCACCACGGUACGGGUACUCCCCGAGAAGGGUAAACUGGUGCGAGAGGUGUGCAAUCUGAUCGGUUUGACCAUUCUGGACGGGUUGCGUAUCCCACCCAGGCUGAUGGAUGCCCCACCGGACAGUCGCUUGAUGCUGUUGUUUGCCGUUCCGCCGGCAAAAGAAACUCUGGUGGUUGCUCCCGUGUUUGGCGACAUUUCCACUUACCGAGACCCAACCGAGCCUGAUCACGACUACUUAAGCUACAAGAGUAAGGUUGCCGAGCUGGAACGGCGCUAUCAGCGCGUUCAGUAUCCCAUCGAGCACUGCCUCAUCGACUACCAGAUGGCAAGGCAGCAUCUGCUCAACGGAUGGCUGGACGAUGUGAAAGUGAUGGGUAAUCGGAUGAUCGACGAAGCGAUCGCUUGCGGGAGCCACUUGUGGCAGCUUAUCGGACUACUCACCAUCGCCCGAGCCUUCUGUGCUCAGAAUAAUCUCGAGCAGCUGGCCGUGCAGUUGCUAGCAGCGGCCAAGCUCGUGCAAAGUCGUCUGCCCGACGAACGGAUUGCUUUUUUCAUCGAAAUAUCGCAGAAGCUAAACCGGGAUUUGCUAAUGAAAAAGCUGGUCCAUUCCCUCGAACUGGAAAGUACGCUGUUGGCUUAGUGUACGGAGGUGCUAUGGUUUGAACCAACUUUGCCGUGUUACUCCUAUCCACCAUGGGUGCUGCGCGGCUUUAGAGUUCCUUUCAUGGGUCUUUAUACUCCAACAACAACGAUACGAUCCUUUAAAAUACUGGGAAACAAAUCCACAAAAAAAACAAAGCAAAAACAGCCACACAACCAUUACACGGCAGAUGAACUGUUUUCGGAAGGUACGUUUGGUGUGGUCAUUUAUCAUAGUUUAAUGCAACGUUACGAUUCUGCUUUUGAGUUUCUUUCGGUUGGCUGAAAAAAAUUGGUGUAUCGGUGAAUAAAUUUCAUUAUUUGUGGCUGUCAGGGA